AUGGUUGAUCUUAAGAAAUCAAAGGAGACAUUAUUGACAGCGCAUGAAGAUGUAUUAUAAUAUAUUUGAAUUAUUAAGACAAAUACAAUUUAAUCAGAUGUAAAAGAGGUAUGUUAGACUAAUAUAAAAUAGAGAGCUCUUCAGUAAAGUAUUGAAAUUAGGAUUGAUUAGAGUGUUGACUUUAAGGAAUAUACUUUUGAUAUACUAUAAAAUAUGAUUAAUUAAAUUAAUGGCUUCUAAUAUGUUUCAAUAGAAUGAUA